GUACAGGGAAGAGAAGACGCCUGUGAAGGAGCUCACUGGGUAAACUGGAGUAUUGAGAGUUGAAUCCUUAACCUGAAGAGCUGUUUUGAGGCCAGCUUGCUGUCAGAGAGGCGGUCCUGCUGUGGUCCCUCUCGCGGUCUGAAUGGCGUCCAGGUUAGAAAACGAUCUCUGCUGUCCUGUCUGCUGUGACUUCUUCGUGGAUCCUGUCAUCCUGUCCUGCAGCCACAGCUUCUGCAGAGUCUGCGUGCAGAACUGGUGGACAAAAACCCAGACCUCUCAGUGUCCGCUGUGUAAGAUCCAUUCCACAGGCCUGUUGUGUAACUCGGCUGUGCAGCAGCUGUGUGAACGUUUCCACCAGCUGAGACCUGGGAGCCGUUCAGACGGGCCGGACGCCGUCUGCUCCCUGCACGAGGAGCAGCUCAGACUCUUCUGCCUGGAGCACCGGCAGCCGGUGUGCCUCGUCUGCAGAGACUCCAGGAAACACAGCGGCCACACGAUCAGACCCCUGGAGGAAGCCGCACAGCAGCACCGGCAGCAGCUGGAGGAGCAGCUGCAGCCCCUCAAGGAGAGCUUAAACAGGGGCCGGAAGGCUUUGGUGAACUUUGACCUGGCGGCUCGACACGUGACGCUCCAGGCCCGACGCACCGAGGCGCAGAUCAAGGAGACGUUUGAGAAGCUUCGGCGGCUUCUGAAGGAGGAGGAGGAGGCCCGGCUGUGUGCUCUGAGGGAGGAGGAGGAGCAGAAGGCGGGGGUGAUGAAGGAGAAGAUGGAGGCUCUGAGCAGAGACAUCGACGCUCUUUCGCUCACGGUCAGCGUCACGGAGGAGCAGCUGAGGGCUGAAGACGUCUCCUUCCUGCUCGGCUUCAAGGCUGCGGAGGAGCGAGUGCAGCGCUGCUCACUGCUGGAGGAGCCCGGCCUGCCGGCUGGGGCGCUCCUCCAGGAGGCCCGACAUCUGGGCAACCUCAGCUUCAACGUCUGGAUCCGCAUGAUGGACGCCGUCUCCUUCACUCCCGUCGUUCUGGAUCCAAACACGGCCGACCCGGAGUUCCUCCUCUCCCGCGACCUGAGCGGCGUGAGCGUCGGAGAGAGACGGCGGCUGCCCGACAACCCGGAGAGGCUCAGCGACUCGGUGCUGGGCAGCGAGGCCCUGGGCCCCGGGGCCCACGGCUGGGACGUCCAGGUGGGAGACGGCUCGGGGUGGGAGCUGGGCCUGCUCAGCGAGGCGGCCGCGGGCGGGAACGACCCGCAGGCCGGGUCCUGGGCGCUCUGGUUCUCUGAAGGCGCGUACGCCGCCGUCUCGCCGUCCCAUCAGGACUUUCACCUCCCGGUGACCGGGAGGUUUCGGCGGAUCCGAGUCCAGCUGGACCGGAACCAAGGACGGCUCUCGUUCUGCGAUCCGGACUCCGGCACACACAUACACACCUUCACACACAACUUCACCCAGAGGAUGUUCCCCUACAUCAAAGCCGUGAACGACUUCAAGAUUUUACCAGGGAAAUUCUCAGUGAGGGUGAAGAAACACACCUAGAGGAGGAACGGUCUGAUCGGUCAACCGUUUAAUAUAGUCUUCCUUCAAACACAAAUCCUUUUUUUUUUUUUUUUUCUUAUAAAUGGUGAAUUACUUCCCAGGUUCGUCCUCUCUUGAGAAAUACUUUCCACUCCGAGAAUGUGUUAAAUUUAUGAAACAUGUCUUCAUUACGUUCAUCAGUCAGUGAGGACUCCUCCUCCCUCGCUUUCU